AUGGAACAAACGGUUCAGGAGAAUGCGGGUGAGAACGAAGGAAACAAUGCUAAUGCUAAUAAUGAUGCUAGGGACGCAAAAUGGUGGUGUUCGACUUUCCACAAUGUGACUGCCAUGGUUGGCGCUGGAGUCCUUGGCUUGCCAUUUGCUAUAUCCCAGCUUGGAUGGAUUCCAGGUGUAACAGCAAUCAUGUUGUCAUGGCUUGUGACAUUCUAUACACUGUGGCAACUGGUGGAGAUGCAUGAAAUGGUUGCGGGGAAGAGAUUUGAUCGAUACUAUGAAUUGGGAGAGCACAUGCUUGGGCCUAAGCUGGGAUUCUGGUUGGUGAUGGUGCAACAGCUGACCGUACAGAUUGCGUCCACCAUCGUGUAUUGCGUGACCGGCGGCAAGUCACUGAAGAAGUUCUUCGAUCUCUUGAUUCCCGGCUGGAGUGGCGUCCGUCAGACAUUCUACAUCCUCUUCUUUAUCUUCCUCCAGUUUCUGCUCUCACAGACUCCUAACUUCAAUAAGCUUAAACUAGUUUCCAUGCUCGCUGCCCUCAUGUCUGUCUGUUACUCGACGGUAGCAGUGGUGACGUCAAUAGUAAUAGGGGUGCAUCAUCAUCCUAGUCAUUAUGGAGUUCGAUCUCACACCGUUGCGGGAAUGACAUUUGAUGUGUUCACAGCGCUUGGGACCAUAGCAUUUGCGUUUGCGGGGCACAGCGUGGUGUUAGAGAUCCAGGCGACGCUGCCGUCAACGGAGGAAGUACCGUCGAAGAAACCAAUGUGGCGAGGCGUGGUGUCUGCAUACUUGAUAGUUAUUCUGUGCUAUAUGGCAGUAGCAGUGUCUGGGUAUUGGGCCUUCGGAAGUGCCGUUGAAGACGAUGUCCUCAUCUCACUUGAGCACCCCGCCUGGGUCAUUGCCAUUGCUAAUUUAAUGGUCUUCGUUCAUGUCAUAGGCAGCUUCCAGGUUUUUGCUAUGCCUGUUUUUGAUACCAUUGAGUCGCUCCUCGUACGAAAGUACAACUUCGCUCGCUCCAGGACUCUUCGCCUCGUUUCUCGAAGCCUUUUCGUCGCUCUUGUGGGGUUUAUUGCCUUAUGUGUUCCAUUUUUUGGAGGAUUGUUAGGCUUCUUUGGAGGACUCGCAUUUACAUCAACAUCAUAUAUUAUUCCGGGUUUAUUGUGGCUUGCUGCCCCAAAACCAAAGCACUAUAGCAAGGUCCAUUCUUAUGCAUCACUGGCUUGCGUUACUAUUGGUCUUUUCAUAGCAAUUACUGCACCCAUCGGAGGAGUGCGAACAAUCAUUCUUUCCAUAAAGACGUAUAAAUUUUUCUCCUAA